GUUUGCUUUGAAACGGGCGGCGGAAACAAGAUUAUAGUAAAACUAUCGCUUAUAAUAUUGUGUUUAAUCAAGGACGCUUAAUAAUUACACAUUUAAAUAAUGUACAGGUGCUGUUUUCCGAUGAAAAUGUAUCUGGUGAUUCACUUAACGAAUCAGAACCAUUCGUUAGGCAACUAAUCUUGGCUGAGAUUGAUUAGCCACUCCAGCUAAGCUAGCCAGCUGCACCAGGUAACCGCAGGUAACAACGGAAAGCUAGCUCAGAAUAAAUGUUUUUAGCAGCUUCUUAGCUGACUUGAAACGCUAUUUGAAGGCAGCUUUUAAACUCUCCCACUAAAACGUCGGAUUAAACAACGGUUGAUAUCACUGAGAAAACUACUUGCUGCUAAUUUUUAAUUCUUAGUUUGCGAGGAAUUGAUUUUCAAUCUCAAGUCUAUUAGCUUCUGCGUUAGAAGCAAAACAUUCAGCAUGGAUGCAGAACUUGAGUUUCUUCGUGAUCAAGUUCAGAGAUUAAAUUCUGCUCUCAGCCAGUAUCAGCAUGGGCACCGCACCCAGUCCACAUCAUCCCAGGUUGAUGAGUCCAGGCAUCCUCAGUCUCCUGCACCUUGGAUCUCAGAUAGAGGUGUAAUGGCUCCUCUGAUAGCAGAGUAUGAUCGGCACGUGGAUGAAAUGACUGAACAGCUGCAGAGAUACCAGGCUCAAAUGACAGAUGUCAAAGUGAAGUUGGAGAGGGUUGUCAAGGAAAAUGAAAGGUUGCACGCAGAGCUGAGGGAGUCUGUUGAGAAACAGCUUCAUGCCCUGCCGAUGGCCUCGGGAGUGGAGGACAGCACGAUGGAGGAGGAUGCCGUCAUCAAAAACCUCCAAGAGCAGGUCCAGCUGUCUGAGCAGGAGCGGACACAGGCCAUGGAGCUGUGGCAGACAGCAGCUCAAGAACUAGACCGUCUCCAACAGAUCUACCAGAAGACCAUCUCUGAUGGACGGAUCCACGACUCUCAGAGACAGCAGCUCAAGGAUCAGCUUGUUCAGUUCCAGCAGCAUGCGUACAAACUCCAAGUGGCCAAUCAGAAACUGGAAUCGACUAACCAGCAGUUCCUGAAGACUGUGACAGAGCAGAGCACAGAGAUGGAGGAGCUACAAAGCCAGCUCAGGCAGGCCAAGACUGAGCUGAGGACAGCCACAGCCAAAGUGGACGAGAUGACCAAAUUGUUGCAGAGUUUCCAAGAUCAGAUGCAGAGACGAGAGGAAGAGGUGGCAGAAGCUCAGGGCCGUGAGGAUGCAGCAGACAGGCGACUCCAGCAGCUUCAGACAGCCUUGAGCCAGUUAGAGACAAGACUAAAGGCUGCAUCUCAAGAAGCAGAGGCCGUCCGCAGAGAGCAAACUGUGUGGGAGAGAAAGGUGGGGGAACUCCAGGCGCGAUGCUCCACCCUCGAAGAGGAGAAGUAUGAGGCCCUGUCCAAAGUGCGAGAAAGCGUUCAAGUGGCCGAGGAAGCUGCGCUGCAGAAAGACCAGGCCCUGUUAAGAGAAAAACAGAAGACAGAGGAGCUGCAGAAGACAAAAGAAGCCAUCAGACAGCUGAUCCAGGAUGCCGCGGUUCGCACCAGGAAAGAGGUGGAAAAUGUGCGCAAACAGUGCAACGUUCAAAUCCACCGUAUGGCAGAGGAGCUGUCUGCACUGCAGCUGGAGUGUGCAGAUAAAGAGUCUCAGAUUGAAAGGUCCCUGCGAGAGAGAAAAGCUGUAGAGGAGGAACUGGAGAAGGUGUAUAAGGAGGGUAGGGCAGAACCAGAGUUCAGGAAGAUUGAUACCCUUUAUCAGAGAUGUCUCGAUGCAGAGAGGCUGAGGGAAGACAUCAGCCGUACUCUGCAAAGCACCCAGAACAAAAUGAAAAAGAUGGAGAUGGACUACAGCGAGGAGCUGUCGCGGUGCCAGGACGAAGUGCGGCGGCUGCAGGGCUCUCUGGUUGCGGCGCGGGACGACUGCGUGAGCGUCAGUGAGGAGCGGCUCCAGCUGCAGCAGGAGAACUUGCAGCUUCGCAGGGAGAUGGACGAGCUGCGCAAGGCAACGCUGCUCGUCCAAAAGAAAGCCAAGCAGCAGGUUUCACAGAUGGAGCAAGAGUACAGCCUAAAGGAGCAAGGACUGGACGCGCGGGUGAGGGAGCUGGAGGAAAGCAGCCGGAGCUCUAGUGCUGAUCUGACGCGUCUCCUUACAGCGCAGCAGAGAAGCACUCAGAGAUGGAAAGAAGAGGCAAAGAACCUGGUCCAGGCCUUUGAGGCCAAAAUCACAGCGCUCAAGGCAGAUUUAAAUCGACAGAAGCAGCGUUCACAUGACCUGGAGCUGCAGCUUGAAACUACCCAUAAUGCCAUUUCUGAGUAUGAGAGGCAGCUAGCCGAAUAUCAAGAGAAGACGGACCGUCUCCAGAGACGCCUGACACAGGCUGAACAAAGAGCCACUACUGCUACACAACAGCUGAGUAUGUUGACGUCACAGCGAAGAAAAACAGCCAUGGUUGACCCAGAGACUUUAUAAUGACUACCGAUGACUGUUAUAAACACGUUGUUCCUGGCCAAAGACAUAAGACAACACUGGUGUCUAUUGUCACCACUUUGGUAAUUAAAUAUAGUUGACUUUUUCUAACUUUGCACACUAAUGUAGAACCAAUGCUUUUCUGAAUAAUAUUAUUUAUAAGGAUGAAAUGGUGUCAUGUAAUAUGGAAACUACAAAAAAAAUAAAUGAAUAAACACAUCA